AAGGAUUGCAGUCAGUAGCAGUGGGUGUGCCUCAGUUGGAUCGAGACUUUCAUGACCCUGGUCAGUGUCAACAGAGUGUGAAGAAUUGAAUUGUCCUUUUCCAUUUUGUACAAGAGCACAUACUUGGACCUCCAAAGUUCAUUUGCGAGUAAGAGAAUCCCCAUACAGUUCCAUCAUGCCGAAGGAAAUGCUAAACGUGGAGAUGACUCGGCGAUCGGGAGAGCCAUGGGGUCUCCGAAUUGGCGGAGGUCAAGACAGGGGCCGCGUGCUAGUUCUGGAAAAUGUUGCUUAUUCAUCUGUGGCCUUCAGUGCUGGACUUCGAACCCGUGAUUACAUUGUGGAAGUCAAUGGAACAAGUGUGUUCGGCAUGAAUCACAAUGCGUGCAAGGAGCUGAUCAAAAAGUGUGGGGAUCGUUUGGCCAUGAAAGUCGAAAGGGGGGAUCAUAUCGUGCCCAGCAUGAACGAGGCCUUCCCAAAGAAAGGACAGACGCAAGAGACCAAUAUCGUCGAUGAGUUUGAUGCACCGAAUAAAGACAAACCAUACUGGAUUCGAUCUAUAGAAGAAGGCAACGGGCUCAAAAACUCCAACGGAUUCACCACGGUAGGAAAACCUAAAAUGUGCUCAAAACAAUACAACUCGCCUUUGGAAAUCUACUCGGAGGAGGCUCUGGAAGAAAUUAUGAAAGAGGGAACCCUGAACGGCAAGCCGUUCGAUAUUAGCAACCUCAUGAAUCCCAGUGGAAAGGACUUUGAUGACAAGGAAUCUGCGGUUCUCGCCAUGAUUUUGGCCAACUCGAAUAAAAACAAGAAACCCUGAUUCCGUCGCCUUUUUCUACGGUUAAAAGUAAAAAAACUGCUAUUUCCUUCAUUCCUUCUCUAACAAUGAACGAACGGCCGAGCAAACCGUUUCAUCAUCCCUGAAAGUAACAUGCCGCACCACAAAGACCAAAGCCUCAACCUGAACCUUGAUUGACGAUGCUAUAAUGCGAUCCUCCGGUACCAUGUCGUAUACGAUGACCUAAAGCCAGGAAAUAUAUGCAUAAAAAUAUCUCUUGAAUGAAAACAUGUUUUUAUUAAAGCUUAAUCUUGGACUAGA